AUUAAAGAUGAUUCUUUCCUCAAUUCUUUUAAUAUGUUUGAUAGAUCAGUUUGUAAGUUAAAGAACCUAUUGUCAAUUACCAGAUCCAAUUUUUAAUGAUGGUAUAAAAAAUUCAACUUGGGGAGAUACAGAUCCUUCUGAUUGGAAUUACUUAAACUCAGAUGAAUGGAAAAGUACUUUUUAAUUAUAAUUUUUAUAGGUAAAGUCGUUACAUGUGGUGCUAGCUUUCAAUCCCCUAUAAAUAUAGUAACGUCUACAGCAAUAAAAGAGAAUUCAUUUCCAGCUAUUAAUUAUAUACUGAAAACUUCAACUAGAAACUAUUGGGAAGCUUAACGUAAUAUUUUUGAUUUAUUUAUUUAGGGGAUUAUACUAAAGAAUUAGAAGGAGAAUAUGAUUUUAUUACAGCAUUCGAUAUAUCAAAUUAAUAAUACAAAUACUAUGCUAGAUAAUUCCAUUUCCAUUCACCAUCUGAACAUUAAGUAGAUGGAAAAAACUUUGACUUAGAAGUUCAUUUUGUGCAUCAAGUAUUCUUUUAAUUUAUGAGGCUGUCGAAGAUGGAGAAUAAAGUUGUAAUGAUAUUAGAAAUAAACUCACAGUCUUUGGAUUACUUUUUUAAUAGACUAACACUGCUUCUGAUUAUGAAGUAUUUAAACCAUGGUUUGAUGAUACAGUUAAUAAAGUCACUUCUUUUGAUAUGAAGUAUAAUCACUGACCAUUAUUAAUAGUGAUUUCUUUUAAAAAAUGACUGACAAAACCUAUUAUCAUUACGCAGGCAGUCUUACAACUAUGUAUUUCCUUACUUUUCUACACUAGACCUUGUUCCUAAACAGUUAAUUGGUAUGUAUUUACUUCACCAUUGCCCAUUUCAAAAUCAUAACUUAAAUAAUUCAAAGAUUUUAUUGAUAAUGAUGAUUACUUCCCAUCCUAAUCCAAUAAUCGACCAAUUUAAAAUUUAAAUGGAAGAACUUUAUAUAAAGGAGUAUUAUCUAUUUAUAUUAUAUAGACUGCAUCUUUCAAUGGAGUUACAUCCUUACCUGUUAUUGAAGCAUCAUGGAGUAUAAUUAUACAAAUGGUUUCACUAUUAUUAAUCUAGUUUAUUUUCAUUUGA